CUCUACCUGGCCGCCAGUCGGUUGGUGUCCGAGCUCGCGCCGAGUCCGUGCAGUGUCGUGCCGUGCCGGUCCCUCCGAGAGCACGGCGUGCGUGCCGCGUGCGUGCCGCGCUUGACGCCGUGGUGCAGUGCAGUGGAUGGAUACUCGAGCGAUGCAGGCGGAGUAAGCCGAUCCCAGACACCACGCUGCUGGCCGCGGGCACGCGAACCCUCCUCGUCGUCCAGCAUUGAUCUGUCUCCCGCAAGAGCGACAUGGGUCGAAGCGGCUACACGUGCGUCCGGCACGUCUUCUGCUCGCUGAACGUCUUCGUGUGGCUGGCGGGAUGCGCCAUCCUCGGGGUGGGCGUGUGGCUGAGGCUGGCGUACGAGGGCUACACCAACCUGCUGCCGCAGUACUCGCUGCUGUCAGCCGACUGCUCCUUCAUCGCCAUCGGCGUCAUCACCUUCGUGGUGGCCUUCUUCGGCUGCUGCGGCGCCUGGUUCCAGAGCCACUGCAUGCUCGUUACUUACUUCAGCCUGGUCAUCUUCAUGUUCCUGGUGGAGUUCAUGUUCGCCACGCUGGCCUUCGUGUACCGCACCGGGCUGGGCGCCUUCAUGGUGGACGAGCUGCAGAAGGGCAUCCGCUUCCACUACAACUCCUCUAGCAAGAACGCCCUGCACAACCUGUGGUCCCACGUGCACCGUGAGUUCCACUGCUGCGGCGUGCAGGAGUACACCGACUGGUACAACAUCAACGCCUGGCCCAAGGAGCAGUGGGUGCCCAACUCGUGCUGCAUCUCCAAGUUCGCCAACACCACAGGUACGCGCCAGUUCGGGCUCGCCAACAGCACAGAUUGCGGCCACAGUGGCUCGCCGGACAUGUGGUACCAGAAGGGCUGCUCGGAGCAAGUGCAGAUGUGGUUCCUGGACCGCCUGCACAUCGUCGGCAUCGUCGGCCUGGUCGUCGCAUUCAUCCAGCUGUUCGGCCUCAUCUCCUCGAUGCUGCUGUUCUGCACGGUGCGCCACAAGCGGUCCGGCCAGACCUACAAGUCGUACGACCACGCGUCGUGAAGCCCCGCCACCUCGCCGGGCCGCCUCACCGGGCCGCCUCACCGGGCCAACGCGCCGCAUUCAAACGGGAAGGUUGUGUUCGUCGAACGAACUUGCCAGCGAAGUCGGAUGGAAAACGAGUCUCGUUUUCGUGGGUGGAUUUAAUUUUCGUGAGCGGAAGCGGUCUCUGGAAUUUUGACACGAAGCCGAAACGACGCGUCGCGCGACGCGGAGAAGAAGAAGCCAAAGAGACGCCAUCUCAUUUCAUUUCAUUUCCAAUCUCAUCUCAUCAUCCUCCAUCCUGUCAUCCUGCCGGCCUGCCGAUCCGUUUCCGGUGAGGAGGAAGCGGUCGAUUCGCCAUUUGCUUUCACCAUCCUCGGUGGCAGGCAGCGCCACAGCAGGCCAAUCCAUUUAUCUGUACACCCUUCAUGUUUGACAAUAAUGUGUUGUGAUCGCUCUGGAUCGAGCGUGGGUGAAAAGUGUAGAAUAAACGCUCUAACCGUCGUGAAGACUGCCAGAGCUACCACCCGUGGGGUGGCCGGCUCUCUCGCAAAACAGUUGUAAUGAUUGUAACUGCACGUUAUGGAAAGUGAAGGGAGCUUGAAGCUCCAUGAGAACAUUACCUGCUCCUAUCGGAAGACCUUGACAGGUGGAAAAGUUUGCCAUAUUGGGUGUGAAAUUCUGGGCAGCUGGACUGUUUUGUGAUAAAUAUUAAGUUCAUUGUCAGGAAAUUGACAGAGAACAUCCUAUGUUAUUUAUGCUGAAACGGUAGCUUUUACAUUCCAAUGUCUAUAAAUAUAACAAAAAAUAGUUUUAUGUUUUUAUGGUGUGUAAAGUUCGUGGAGCCUAGCUGACCUCUGUAUGGUGUUUACUGGCGUCAGCUAGGUCUCACAGUUCUUGCUAUAUCGAUCACUAGAGAUUAGACAUUUUUUAAGGAGUAAUAUGGAAUUCCCCACCCUAAAAUUGCAAUUUAGAGAUUGUACAGAAAUCAUUGUAUACUUUCUCCAUAAUUUAGUCGAUGUUUUUGCCGCGGUUUCUCUUGAUAGUAGCGUGUUAGCGCACUAGACAUGCAGAAACGGUUUUUGUUUUGAGUCGUUUUAGACGUUUAAUUUAAACGCGUUGCCAUUUGUGUCCUGUUUUUUUGUCCUUCCUGUGAUUUACCAAUGCCCUGAAGUAAGCCACAUUUUCGAAGAGCGGCAGCCGGAAGUAGUCUAACUAGGACGAGACCAAAUCGAUGGCGAAAUCUUGUUGUAUUUCUUAAAAUUGGUAUUGAUUGAUGAAUGCAAACAGUGCAUCUCGGUGCACUAAAGGGAUGCCUUUCUCCUUUUUGAGGCGUUCACACCGCGUGCUGUUCGUACUGUCGCCCCACCAAAAAGUAUUAUUGCUAAGAACCUUUUAGAAAUGUAUCAGAGACCAAAUGAGACAUUAUUGUAUCUGCCAAAAAGUGUUAUUCGUUGAAUCUGUAGUAAUAUUAUAUUUCUCAUCUACAGUUUUAUGUUAUUUAUUUAGAUAAAAGUUGGUGACUCCUGCUGCGUAAAAAUAAACAACUACUGUAAGGUUC